UUGCGAAUUUGUUUCGAUCCUUCUGCUGUUGACAGCCCCCGUCUUACUGCAAUCACUUGCUCGAUAAACAAACAUCGACAGCUUCAACAACAACAACAAUAACAUCUUGCCCUCGCUCACAUCUCGAAAGACUCAUCAGCCAUGUCUGUUCUCAAGCAUCUCGGUCUUCUUUCCCUCGGCGCUGUUGCUGCCAUGGCUCUCCCCUCGGGCCAGAACCCCACUGGAUCUCCUGGUGGUUGGGGCUCUGGUCCUUACUCAAUGGGUAACGGCACCGCUUCAGUCGCGUCCUCGGGCUCUGCUGCUGGCACCGCCUACACCACCAAGACGACCGUGACCAAUCUGCACUCGUCCACCACGACUGAGGUCUUCACUGUCACCGUCGAGCCCACCUCUUCCUCUGCUCCCUCGGCUUCCGCUGCGGCUCUCAGCUCCUCUGUCCUUGCAAGCUCUGUCGGCAGCUGCCCUGUUCCCCAAACCGUCACUGUGACUGCCACCAAUCUCGUGACCACCACGGUUUCCGCUGCAGCAGCUGCCUCGUCCUCGAGCUCUUCCUAUCUGGCUCCCGCGCAAGCUUCGUCCUCGCACGGUUACGGCCACUUGUCUCUGCACUCGAAGCAUUCGUCAUGGGGCACUGGAUACGCCGCUUCCACCGGCUACGCUCCCUCUUCCGGCUACGCUUCUCCUUCGGCCAGCAGCUACGCCGCUCCCCCCUCGUCUUCGUCUGCCGAGGUUGCGGCAGCUUCGACCUCUGCGAACCCGUCUUCCUCGUCGUAUGUUGCGCCUUCAAGCUCUUCCGUGGCAUCCUCGUCGGCCCUCCCUAGCUCCAGCACCACUUCUGCUGCUGGCGGCCAGUUCUACACUGCGGCCGCAUCCUCCUCGACUUCUUCGACCACGUCGACCACUCCCACCACCACUGCUGCCGCAUCCUCGACUGUAGCGUCUUCCACUAGCAGCUCCGCUUCUGCUACACCUACUGCUUCGGGCAACGGAAAGCGUGGUCUUGCAUACAAUUCCGCCGCGCUCUGCGACGGAUUCGAGGGAUCUUCUCAGGUCUCCUGGGGCUACAACUGGGGCUCUUCCUCGAGCGGUCUGAGCAACUCCUUCAACUACGUUCCUCUGCUCUGGGGCACUUCGUCCGACUUCACCAGUCAGUGGAGCGAGAUUGCCUCGUCUGCCAUUGAGAAUGGUGCCACCCACCUCAUGUCAUUCAACGAGCCCGACCAGAGCUCCCAAUCCAACCUGUCUCCCUCCGACGCCGCUAGCGGUUACAAGCAGUACAUGAUGCCUUUCGCUGGCAAGGCUAAGCUUGGUUCCCCCGCAGUCACCAACGGUGGUGGCCAGAUGGGUCUCACCUGGUUGGGCAACUUUAUUGAGGCCUGCGAUGGAUGCCAGAUUGACUAUAUCAACCUUCACUGGUACGGUAUUGAGGCAUCUGACCUCCAGAGCCACAUUGAAACCGCCUGGAAGCAAUUCAACAAGCCCAUCUGGGUUACUGAGUUUGCUCCCACCUCUGGAGACACUCAGGAUUUCCUUUCCCAGAUGCUCCCCUGGCUCGACUCCCAAGACUAUGUUGAGCGCUACGCCUACUUUAUGGUUGCCGACGGCAUGCUCAUUGAGGGCGAAGCGCUCUCGGCUCUCGGCUCGCUCUACAACAGCAACUAAGCAAUGUCUGUCUGUCAACUUUUCAACUAGACCAUUGUUUCUCUGGGAGUUCUUAGACUUGUCUUUGGUGUGAAUAUUGGGGGAGGUAUCAGUUGGAUGAGCAAGAUCAUUAUAGUGAUGUGAUGAAAUUUUUCUGCAUGGGAUCUAUCGGAGCUACUACGGAAUGGUCAGGUUGGAUAACGGGGGGAAUCGUUUUCUCAUACUUGUCU